UAGAUAAAUACACACUUAUAAAGAAGGUGCCAUGAUAUAAUAUGUUUUUAUUUUAUUUGUAAGUGAAAUCGCUUUGUUCAAACUGAUUUGAUUUCGAAAAUUAGAAUCAUGGCGUACUUAAAGUCUGUCUCGUCACUUCUAAGAAGAGCUGUCCAACAGUGUCCGAGAGGAUGGAGCCAAAGAUUGUACAGCAUGUCAGCUUCAGGUCACAAAGUUCCAUCUUCACAUGGAGGUGAACAAAGAAAUCUGCCAGUUGACUUGUUGUCUGACGAAGAAAAGAUGAUGAAGGAAACCGUGGCUAAAAUGGCAGCAGAAAAGAUUCAACCUUUGGUCAGAGAGAUGGAUGCAAACAGCCAUUUGGACUCAUCGGUGCUUCAAGCUUUGUUUGAUAAUGGGCUGAUGGGUAUAGAAAUCGACCCAGAGUAUGGAGGCACUGGUUCAACAUUUUUUAUAGCCAAUCUGAUUAUAGAGGAAUUAGCUAAAGUGGAUGCCUCAGUCAGUGUAUUAGUAGAUGUACAUAAUACAUUGAUAAACAACUUGAUUCAAAAAUUGGGGACACAGGAACAGAAAGACAAAUAUCUUCCUCGACUUGCAACUGACACUGUUGGUAGUUUUUGUUUAUCUGAGACAGAAUCAGGGUCGGAUGCUUUUGCAAUGAAAACGUCAGCAGUGAAAAAUGGAGAUUACUAUACAAUAAAUGGAACAAAGAUCUGGAUAACUAAUGCUGAACAUGCUGGCUUGUUUAUGGUCAUGGCUAAUGCAGACCCUACAAAGGGUUAUAAAGGAAUAACCACAUUUCUUGUUGACCGUGAUACUGAAGGUUUAUCUCUUGGUAAGAAGGAGGACAAACUUGGUAUUAGAGCAAGUAGCACAUGUCCGGUACAUUUUGAUAAUGUAAAGGUUCCAGCCAGUAAUGUAUUAGGACAGGUUGGAAUGGGAUACAGAUAUGCUAUUGAAAUAUUGAAUGAAGGAAGAAUUGGCAUUGCUUCUCAGAUGUUAGGUCUUGCAGAAGGAUGCUUUAACAACACAGUUCCAUACACUAAAGAGAGGAAACAGUUUGGUAGAAGAAUCUGGGACUUUCAGGCAAUGCAGCAUCAGAUAGCUCAUGUUGCAACUCAGAUCGAGGCUUGUCGUCUGCUGGUAUAUAAUGCUGCAAGGAGGAAAGAAGCAGGAGAACCAUUUGUAAAAGAAGCAGCUAUGGCAAAACUUUAUGCUUCAGAGGUUGCUUCUUUAACAACAACAAAGUGUAUUGAGUGGAUGGGUGGUGUUGGAUUUACAAAAGAUUACCCCAUAGAAAAAUAUUAUAGAGACUGUAAAAUAGGAACUAUUUAUGAAGGAACAUCAAACAUUCAGUUAAACACUAUUGCUAAAUGUAUUGAAGCUGAAUCUUGAUGGGAUUGUGAAUAUUCCAUUGAACUUUGACAUCAGAUUGGCAUCAAGACACAGCUUACAGUGAUUGUGUGUUACAGAAAAAAGACUGGGUUUAAUUUCAUCUGUCACUGAAUCUCUUAAAUAAAGUUAGACUGUGAUAUGUAUGUGUGUGUAUGUUACAGUAAAUCCAUUUCAAUAUGUGUCAAAAACUAUAAAGCUAAGUUUGUGAAUUUGCUAGAAGGGCUGUGAAUUAACUGUAAUAUUUGUUGACUUCCUUUUGAAGGGGAACAAUUGUUAUUAUAUUUUAAUCAAACCAUGGCAUAGGUCAAAUAAAUGAUCAAAGACUUACAAGCCAGUGCUCUUAUAAUUUAUGGACAGAAUUCAUGCCAAAAUAGCUUUAUAGCUGUAUAUUGUUCUUAUAUAACAUGAAAUGAGGUGUUUUUAUUUAUUAUGGUAUUUAUUGUUUUUCAUUUAUGGACAAGAUUUUUAUAGAAAAAAAUAUUUACAUGUAAUUCUCAUGAUCCUUGAAAUAUGGUAUAUAUAUUUAAGUUAAAUGGUAACCUUAACUUGUAAACAAGUUGUUUUUAUCAAAAUUGGAACAAAAUAUCUCAGGAAAAAAUGAUAGAAUUUGUAAACAAACAUGAAGUAUAACUCUAUGUGUGGAACCAAUGCUGUUGUGUUUACUUCAACAAAGUCUACUAAAGUGUUUGCCUUAAUUUGCAGGGAUGUCAACUUGUGAAAAAGUUUAAUUAAGACCAGCAAAUUCUAGUCAAAUUUCAGUUGUAAAAUGUUAAGAUUAUGGGUAUAAAUUUUCUUUUAUUUGUAGAAUUUAUUGACAAAUUCAUGAUGCAUUAUUGAAGUAUCCACAUUUCUAUGGAGAUUUUAAGUUAUGAUUAUUGAAUAUAUUGUAGGGAAUAUCAGGCAUUCUUUAAUUAAUGAUCAUUUGUUAUUGUAUGUGUGAACUUUUAAUGUUGUUAUAUUUUUCACUAAAUCAUGUAUUUGACAAAAAACUAAAUAAAGGAGUAAUAAAGUGUU